AUGACUCGUUAUUUCUGCUGCGGAAGCUACUUCCCAGGCUAUCCUUGCUACGGAACCAACUUCCACGGCACCUACAGGGCCACCCCCCUGAACUGCGUUGUGCCCCUGGGCUCUCCCCUGAACUACGGCUGUGGGCACCUCUACAGCUCCCGCAAUUUCUGCUACGGUGGCAACAACUUCAACAACGACUGUUGCUAUGGCAGCAGCUUUUACAGGCCAUGGGGGUCUGGCUCUGGCUUCGGCUACAGCACCUACUGA